AUGGAGAAACUAAACACUGAAGAUGGACAACUCUUCAUCAAGAACCUGGCCAGUUUUGUCCGGACUCAUGAAAAGGCCCUCGCGAACGCGCUGCAGCUCCGUCGCCAGUCCAAAAAUGUCGUAACCCCCCAAUCCCCGACCAGCGCCUCGACCUCCGGCUCCUUCUCCUCUACCUCCCUGACCCUGGCCGCGGCCUUAUCCUUCGGAGCCCUGAAGUUCACCUCCCAAAACAUCAAGCCCGCCAAACUCACCCUGACGCCGCACCACCUCUUCUACCUCCUGUCGCGCUUCGAGGAUCUGUCGAUUGCGGUGGGGCCGAUGAACGUCCGUCUGGAGAAUAUUCAUACCGAGGUGUCUCAGUCCUACGUGUCGUUCCUGAACAAACCCCAACGGUCCAAGAGCGAUGGGGCGUCCAUCCAUUCCGUAUCCAGCGUGCGUAGUGUCAUGUCGGGCAUGAGCGGCCUCUGGUCCUCAUUUGGUCUCGGUCUCAAGGACUCGACCUCCAAGUCUGAAAAGGCCAAGGUCGCCCUGGAAGCGGACCUGAAGUACCUUUACUCGGCAUUUACGAAGAUCCCCUGUCUCCGCUUGGCUCCGGACCACCGGGCUCGCCUCAUCAGUGGUUACGAAGAAUUUCCUUUCGAUACGGCUGUGCCGCUUCAUUCUUUCAAAAACCUGAGCGCUUUAGAGAUCAUCGACAUAGACUACCGCUCCUUCUACGGGUGGGACCGCCUAUCCGAGCAGCUGCGCACCCUCUCCAUUAAACGGGCUCAUCUGGAUGAUCCCGCCGAUCUGCUGACAAGAAUUGUGCUGGACGACAUCGACAAGCGACGACGCCGCUCAGCUAAGUCUCAACAGUCCCCGCCGCUCGGCUGGGCGACCAGUGCUGGCACUCAACCCGUCCACACCCCCGAGCAUACUUCCAUCUCCGCACCAGGGUCUCCGGUGGCUGAGAAUGCCCUCGCGAGCAGUACCAGCCCCAAGUCCGUCCCCAUGAUGCGCGCCGGAUCGGAGGGGACGAAGGUGCGUGCCCGGGCUGAGAGCCUCUCCCCCAGCCGCCCGGCCACCAAGCAUGGUCACCGUCACACCCGCAGCCAACGUAUUCGGCGAACGGGCUCAGGUAGCUCGAACUCCAGUGACACCUCGGGAGGUUACCGGACCGGCAGUUCAUCGAUUCUUCUCCCCGGCGUUCUCCCUCCCUCCAAAUGGCGAUUCCUUCGACACCUUGGGCUCCCGGAGAAUUCGUUAACAUCAAUCUCCGCGGCCAGCCUGGCUCCCGUGGCCAAUACCCUCAACUCCCUUGAUCUGUCCUCAAACCUCUUGACUGAGAUCCCGGACAGCUUGGCUUCGCUGAUGGCUCUCCGUGCCCUGAACCUGUCCCACUGCAUGAUCGAUUCUCUGCACUCCCUUUCGCGGAAUCCCCUUCCCGCAAUCACCGCCCUCAACCUUCGAGGUAACCGACUCCGCUCGCUGGCGGGCAUCGAGCGAUUACUCUCCCUGGAGAGGUUGGACUUGCGGGACAACAACCUCAUGGAUCCGACAGAGAUGGCACGCCUGACAAGUCUCCCUGAAAUACGCGAGAUCUGGGUGUCCGGCAAUCCGUUUGUGAAGACUCACUCCAAUUAUCGUGUGACGAUCAUGAAUCUGUUCCGGCGGACCCCUGGCUAUGCCGAGGAUAUCAUCAUUGAUGGACGUGGACCUGGUUAUACAGAACGAAAGCAAUUGGUCGACCGUGUUGCAGAGCCGGAAGGGGCCCCUGUCGUCCGUUCUAGCGCCGCAGACCAGUCGACCGUGGUGCAAAAGUCCACUAGCCCUGCUGCUGUCGCCCAGGGCCCGCCCCCACCAGUACCCCCCAAGGAUAAUAUUGAUCUCUCUCCCACAGCUGUUGCUCCGCAGGAGGGGGACAGCGGAACCAAUCGCCGCAAGAAGAUCCAACGGCGCCGAAUUGUCGACCUAUCGAUUGACAACCCCUUUACCACGGACGGCCUCGGCGCCGCUGGUCCCGCCACAGCAGGCCUCUUGCCAAUCCAGCAAUUACAUGGCCCUGCCAGCCCUUCUGUUGUGCUCCCACAUGAGCUCCAGCUGAGAUUGGAGAGUGGUACACCUUCGGGGUCCUCCAGCAUUCAAAGCCCGGCUAAGCCCAUGCGCUCCUCGAGUCCCCCCUCCCUGCAGACCACCAUGCUUUCAUCCACAUCAAGUAAGGAUUGGGCUCUGGACGAAGAGCUCUACCGUCAACAGUUGGAGGCUCUCCGUCAGGACGUUGGCCAGAGCUGGAUCACCGUUCUUGGGGAGCAUCCCUGGGACAACUCUCAGAAGGGCCUUGCAGCGAAUCAUCUACCUGGCACUGGCCUUGAUCAUGCUGCCCUUCCGACUGCGCCACUUGCCCGGGCCAGCAGCCAUGCGAUCCUGAGUGGUGGCCAUGCCUUGGGUGGUUAA